AUGGUUCCGUGUGCUACGAAGUACGAUAUGGAGAAACAAUUCCAAGAAGUGUACACAAUAACAAAAUUUAGGGAGUUUCAACAAGAAGUUACAGAAAAGGUUUAUUGUGAUGUACUAUCCGCGGAAGAAUUUAACGGAGUGACAAAGUACGAGGUUCAUGAGGAUAUCAUUGUUGAAAAAGGAAAGAAGAAAAAAACUUUUACAGUUUGUUACCGUGGGGAUAACUAUGGGAUUGAGUGCAAUUGUCAUUUGUUUGAGUUUCGCGGUAUUAUUUGCAAGCAUGCAAUCUCAGUUUUAAUUCGGGAUGAUGUCUCCACGCUCCCUGAGAGGUAUGUUUUGAGGAGAUGGAGGCGGGAUGUUUGUAGACCAUACGUACAGGUCUCGACCAUGUAUGAUGGUUUGGUUAGUACUGCAGAUCAGUUGAGAUAUGAGCAAUUGUGUGUGGCUUUUACGAAGAUGGCGGACAUGGUUGCGACAAAUGAAGAACAGUCCAAACAAUUGUUGGGGUGGAUUGAGUUCCAAACAAGCAAAUUGGCUAAGUCGAAAUGUAAUAUCGUCGAGGUACAUGGGAAUGAACUGAGCAAUGUGAACGGUCCAAACAUUUUGGACCCAAACUGUACAAAAAGUAAAGGUGCGCCGAAAAAACUUCGCAAAAAAAGUUUCUUGGAAGGGAGUUCAAAGAAAUCGAAGGGUUAUAAAAAGAUAGCUAUGAAGUCCACAGUUUCGAGAACUUAUAAUAAGUUAGAAGUCAACAUUACAAACAUCGUAGAUGUUGAAGACUUGGAAGUUUGUAACGUAUCAUCUUCUCAAGCACCGCAAACUGUUGGGACACAAGAUAGCGUUGAACUAUUACAGCAGCAAACAUUAUUUUUUGCAUUUUGGGAUGGAAGUAGAUGA